AAACGCUCUCUCUCCGAAGACAUCUCGCAGCGUGUAUUGCCUCCCCCCCGCCAGAAUCAACCGCCAGCGGCCUGGAUGGUAGUCACCGGGAACGUCCACUACGCGCGCGACCGGGCGUGGUUCAGCACCUACAGGCCUGUGAACGUUACAUUGGGAACAGGAGGAGGAUUGGGAACAGGAGCAAUUGCGAACACUUAUACCUCUGGACCCGGCGAGAACGAUGGAUUGCAGGUUUGUGGAGUUGGAACGGUUGUUUUAGAGGUGGGAGAGGGACAGGAGGGAAGUGAUAACCGUGGAGAAGGAAAAGGAAGAAGAAUACUGCUGGAGAAUGUACUGCAUAUCCCUUUGGCGCUGUGUAACGGGUUCAACCCCUUACUGCUCGGUCAUGGAAUGGAAUGCACUCCUGAAACAUGGGUUGGCAAGGACGGGAGUGGACGGAUCCUGUGGCGGGCUGUACCUGGAUUAUCUGGGAGUCGAUUGCUUCUGAAUGGAGAGAAUGCUACUGGCGAACUCGUCGAUGGAGUGGACUAUAUCCUUGCGGUGAAUGUGA